UGUGCAGACCACAAUUAGCAACUGACUCAGUGAUCACGAUGAUUGACUACAAGGCCUCGAAGGAGAGUUUUGUUUCUGGGAUGAUUUGCUCGACAGAUGAUUUCAUGUAAUAUGAUAUGCGGCGUUGCACUGUCCUCGAUCAUCCUUCAUUCAGCACUGUCACGGUGUUCGCGUGUUCAAGCAUUUGGAUCUGCAUAUUUCUUGGCAGAGUUUAUAAUACUUGACAUGCCUCUUUUAUUAUCUAUGACUUUAUUCGCGGAAGCUUCUGGCGCACUCUCUUCUACUACUCGUACCGAUGGUCUUUCUCCCUCCUAUUGAAAGCUGAGGCACGCCUUUACCGGCUGAAAAUUGGGAUGAACUAGCUUUGCCAAAUGGAAGAAGUCGAGCAGACACUCCACCGACGCACUCAUCUCAAUCCCUUACCUGCUGACUACCCGUGCUCACAUGAUGUUAAUGUCAAUUCUGUGUAUACUCGCUGUUGAUUCCCCCCUAUUCUAGCAAAGUGUAAGACGUAUGGUGUUUCUCUG